AUGAUUCCGUCACUUCCCUCAAGAGGCAAAUAGCUUUUAGAAUCACCUUUCAUCUGGUUAAAAGAAAAGGCUGAAAUGGAUAGGAAAAGAACUGGAGUGCCGUCAAAUAUGUGGUAUGUUUAGGGGAAGAUAUACGAUUUGUCUAAGUUCUUAAAGGAGCAUCCAGGAGGUGAAAACUUUUUGAAGCUGACUCAAGGAUAAGAUAUAACAGAAAUGUAUUUUGCUCAUCACUUAAAUUUGGAUAAAUGUUAGGCUAUCUUAAGCAAAUAUUAUGUAAGAGAGGCAGACAGAGUAUAGUAAUAUUUUAACUUCGACUAAAAUGGGUUUUAUCGUACUCUCCACCGAAGAGUAGGCGAUUAUUUCAAAGUAAGAGAUAAAGGACCAUCAUUGUCAAUGAAAUUAACAGUUAUAUCAGCUUUAUUUGCCUUCUGUUUAACAUUUGGAUUAACUUGUAUACAUCAAAGUUUUUGGUGGGCAUUGUUAUGUGGUUACACUUUGUUUGUUUGUUUCGGAAUUGCUCAUAACUUUAUGCAUCAGGGUGCAAAAUAACCAUUAAGAUACAUGUCAGAUUUACUCUUCUUUUCGCAUUACCAUUGGGUUAUCACGCAUUGCAUUUCACACCAUCACUAUCCAAAUAGCAACAUAGAUUUCGAGAUGACUUCAAUGGAGCCCUUCUUUAUUACAACCAAAUCAAGGCUGCCAAAUAACCGUUUUUUACCAUAUUACAUAAACAUUGUUUUUGGAUUUAUUAGUACGCUUUAAUUUAUUUCAACUAUCAUUUAAAUUAUUAAAGGUGAAGAAUAACUCAGAAAAGAAUACUUGAUACCAGUAAUAGAGUACUUCAUCAUCUAUUCCUUUUGUUUGGAUGGAACUUUAGCAUUUAAACUGUUUAUGGCUAUCCAAUGUUUUGCCAGCUUCCUUUCUCUUAAGUAUCCAUUGAUCAUCCAUCGAAACAGCUUUAAUUACUCAGAUGGUAGUACUAUUUAGCCGUCAAAUGAUUAUGGAAUCUAUGUCAUAUAGACCACAACCGAUCAUGAUCUAUGGAUUCAAUUUCCAUUAAAUAUGUUUCUCUUUUAGAGUUUCAAUCAUCAUAUACUACAUCAUAUGUUCCCUACUGUUGACGAAUCAAGGAUUCCUGAAAUCCACCAUAUUUUAGAGCAGACACUCAAGGAUUUUAAUCUAUAAGACAUUUUGAAGAAAUAUAAUUUUUUUGAACUUUAUAAGUCACACAACGAAUUUCUUUUAGAGAAAUGA